AUGACAUCCCCUCCCCUCCCCACGAAAGUGCUCGCCGGCGUCACCGUGCCGGACACGGCCCUCAUCACCAAAGCCCUCGACUACACCCGCCAAUACUCGACGGAUGACACGUACAACCACAUCAUCCGGUCGUUCCUGCUCGGCUUCAUCAUCGCCGACAAGGUCCUCCCGGACCGCGACCGCGAAGCCCACGCCGUCGCGGCGAUCAUGCACGACCUAGGCUUCCCCAUCGGCCACCCCGAGAACUCGGACAUCAUCACCACGGAGAAGCGAUUCGAGGUCGACGGCGCCAACGCCGCGCGCAGGUUCCUCCAGCGCGAGGCCCCCGCGGAGGAAUGGGACAAACAUCGCUUGCAACUCGUGUGGGAUGCCAUUGCGCUGCACACCAUCGGGAGCAUCGUGUUUGAAAAGGAGCCCGAGGUCCAGGCGUGCAGUUAUGGAAUCUGGGCCGAUUUCCAGGGGCCGGACAGGGUGCCUGGUGGACUGUUGUCUUGGGAUGAAUAUAAUGCCGUGGUUAAGGAAUACCCCCGAUUAAACCUCAUGAAGGGCCUCAAGGCCAACAUGUGUCAUUUGUGCGUCCUCAAGCCCCAGACCACGUAUGACAAUACCGUGGGCGAGUGGGGGGACAGGUAUGUCGAGGGGUAUAGUCGCAAGGGAAAACUGACGCAGGAUCUCCUCGAGACGUGUAACCUCGAUGAGUUAUGA